ACAAACUGUUACAAUUAUGACUGAGGAGUGUAACUCUGUUGUGAUAGUUAAAGCAAAGUCACUUCGUAAAGUUUUUAAAGCACCAGUUAAAGUAAAUAAGAUUCCACAGGAAAUCUUGAAUCAUCCAUUAUUAAACGCAGCUAUUGCUGCAUUACCUAGUAACUAUAAUUUUGAAAUCCACAAAUCAGUAUGGAGAAUCAAAGAAGCAAAAGCCAGAAGAGUUGCAUUACAAAUGCCGGAAGGAUUGUUAAUGUAUGCGACAACAAUAGCUGAUAUUAUAGAGGAGUUUACAAGUGCUGAAACUGUCAUUAUGGGCGAUGUGACUUAUGGGGCAUGUUGUAUAGAUGAUUACACUGCAAAAGCACUAGAUGCAGAUUUUUUAAUUCACUAUGGACAUUCUUGUUUGAUACCCAUUGAUCAAACAGUUGGAAUUAAAGUACUUUAUGUAUUUGUAAAUAUCAAAAUUGAUACUUCGCAUUGUAUUGAAUGUUUGCAAACUACACUACCAAUCACAACAAAAAUAGCCCUUGUAAGCACUAUUCAGUUUGCUGGAACACUACAAGCAAUUGCAUUAGAAAUGAAGAAAAACGGCUAUGAAGUAUCUACACCACAAAGUAAACCGUUAAGUCCUGGGGAGAUUUUAGGUUGCACAGCACCACAAAUUCGAUGCGCUGAUGUGGUUAUUUAUGUUGGGGAUGGUCGGUUUCACUUAGAAGCAGUAAUGAUUGCUAAUCCAAAACUAAGGGCGUUUCGAUAUGAUCCAUAUGAGAAAAAACUAACUGAAGAAUUCUAUAAUCAUGAAGGAAUGCUGAAUACUAGAUUAAUGGCUAUAGACAAUGCAAAAGAGUCUGGCACAUUUGGACUGAUACUUGGCACUUUGGGGAGACAAGGAAAUUCUAAUGUUUUGAAAAAUUUAGAAAAUAAAAUUAAUACAUUGGGAAAGAAAAAUGUCAUUAUAUUAGUAUCAGAAAUAUUUCCAGAUAAAAUUAAACUCUUUAACGGUAUCGAUGCCUUUAUACAGGUUGCAUGUCCGCGAUUAAGUAUAGACUGGGGUACAGCUUUUGAAAAACCAUUUCUUACACCUUAUGAGGGAGCAGUGGCUUUAAACAUGAUAAAAUUCAACAUUGAUAAACCGUACCCUAUGGACUUUUAUGCUUCUGCUAGCCUUGGACCAUGGACUCCAAAUCAUAAUGAAUCUGAAUUAGAAAAACAGUCUGGUACUUGUUGUGGCAAAUGUAAGGAUAAAACAUAG